AUGAGUUCAAGCGAUUUUAGAACCCCCGAAAUAGAAAAAAUACUCAACAAAGCACUUGCAGACUCUAUCACAACGGAAGCUAUGAAAUUUUCUUUACGUGAUUAUGGUUUAUUACCUGGAAAUUCUGAAAUGAUUACUAAAUUGAUCCGUCAUGAUAUUUGUUUUAAUUUUAUUAAUCUUUGUAUGUCAAAUCAGUUAGCUUUUUUCAGUCCUUUACAGAAACAAUAUUUAAGUGAAGAGCUCCAAAGCAUUUUACCUUAUCAAAUCAAUGAAUUAUGGAGUGAGCAUGUGACUACAGCAUUGGUAAUUCAAAAAAGUUAUAAAGAACCAAGAGGUGUUUAUCAUGAUUUAGACAAUACUGGAUUUUCAGAAAUUCAAAUCUCAGAAAUACAAAGUUUCAAUCAAAAGUUUAUGGAUAAAUAUUUUCAUAAUUAUAUCUCAAGCUUGGAAGAUAUUCAUAGAUCAAGAAACCCGUUAAAUGCAUUCUUAGAUGGAAAUUACAAUUCUAUGAAAACUAGAUAUGAAAUACUUUAUGAAGACAUGGUAUCAUAUAUCGAUGAGUUAAUAAGUACUGCUCAAUCUUCAAAAAAUGCGAAUGAAGAAGAAGUUAAACAAGAAAUUUUAGAAAUUUUAAUAAAGAACAUCAAUGUAUAUGAACCUGUUGAUUCUAUGAAAACAUGGUUUAGAGAUUACAUUAAAGAUGGUUUUAUUCCACUUUUAAAAAAUUGUGGUAAAGAUUUAUACUUCCGUGAAAAUACUAAGAGUUUUAUGAGAUGUGAAUCAGUAAGUGAUAGACGUCAUCUUAACGGCUCAUCAAUUAUUGAUGUUUCAAAGAUUAUUAAUUCAGAUUGUUUUGAAAAUAUAGUUGAAAUUGGUGAUCAAGAUGAUGGUAAAUUAUUAAUCCAAUUUGAUGAUUCACCUCAGUUAGAAAUUGAAUUUGAAACAGAAUUUACAAAUUGUAAACCAUUACAAAACUUAGUUACAUGUCUUAUUUCAAGAAAUACAAGAGUUGGAAUUUUAACAAAUAUGCAUUUUUCAGUUUUAAUUACAUUAUUUCCUAAAGGUUAUGAUGCAAUGUCAAAUGAAAUCCCAGCCAGACGCAGAUCAUUACCAGAGAUUAGAUAUAGACAGGUUAAUCAUACUGAUACUGGAUUGACUAUGAACUGGUUAAUGUUUUAUGCAAUCGGGUUAGUUAUGGAUGAAAAUGAUGAUCAUACUGGAGAUGAUGAUGAUUCACAAAUCUUUAAAGCUAGAUUUAGACCUCAUGAAUUUGAUGAACCUGUCUCAGGUAUUGAUUACCAAUUAUCAAGUAUGAAACUUUGA